UGUUCUCACGUUUACCUCACUGGGUUGGGUUUCUGAAGACAAUUGUUUCAUGCUACCACGUAGAAAGCACUUAAAGGAAAUGUAGCUUAAGAAAGUGAGAUAGCUACGUUUUAAGUUAAAUAUUAACCAGAAUUAAACGAGCUCAAGAGCAUUUCAAGUGAGGUUAACUUGUUGGGCUGGUGAACAAGAAAGAACUCAAGCAGUGAAGAAUAGGCAUGGGAAUACUCUAUUCAGAGCCCAUUUGCCAGGCAGCGUAUAAUAAUGAUUUCAAUGAAGUUCAGCUCCUUUUGGAUAAAAACAGCAAUUACGUGAAUAUCCAGGACAGCUUUGGUGGAGAUACCCCUUUAAUUUGUGCAUGCAAACAGGGAAACAACAGAAUAGUUAGUUAUCUUCUAAAAAGAAAUGCUGAUGUCAACCUCAGAAACAAGAAGGACCGCACUUGUCUGCAUUAUGCUGUGAGAAAACGAUUUACCUUCCUUGACUAUGUGCUCAUCAUAAUACUCAUGCCAGUUUUGCUUAUUGGAUAUCUUCUCAUGAUCUCAAAAACUAAGCAGAAUGAAAACCUGAUCAAGAUGUUGCUUAGGGCUGGAGCUGAUGUUAAUGCUACAGACUUUUCUGGUAGCACAGCCCUUCACUAUGCUUGUGAAAUGAAAAACCAGGCAGUCAUUCCUCUGCUUCUUGAAGCUAAUGCAGAUGCCUCUAUAAAGAAUCAGAAUGGGGAGACUCCUUUAGAUAUUGCGAGAAGAUUACAGUUCAGCAACAUUGAAAGCAUGCUAAGGAAAACUUCCUAGUGCUGGAUGGGGUGCUAUCAAGGACUCUUGAACAUGCAGAAAAUUACCCCAUCUGGCAAUCCACCUCCCACAACUGCAGGAGUCCUGCAGAGGACUGCGGUCUGGUACUUGAUAGAGUUUUGGUCCAAAUCGGCCUGUUCUUUGCUGCAGACUUUGACUGUUUUUUAUGCGACUUGUCAGGACCCCCAAGGCUGUGUGGGCUGAAAGGAGUUCAUUUGCUUCUACUAAGCUGUGAAUGAUUACAAUAGUGGUCAAAAUAUUGCCCUUCCCAUCUGCUCCCCCAGUUUUACUGCUUGACUUGCACAGACAAGCAAGUCAAUGGUAAGACUUCUGUAAACCUAAACAUUGCACAUGAUGGAUUGGCAGCUGAUGGAGUAAUAAAAUAUCCUUUAGUGUGUGUUACUGGUUCUUUAGGGGAUAUGCUUGACAACUGAACAGUAUACCACAGCAGCUUAUACAAGGUCUGGCACCCUUCCUCUUAGUAUUUCUUUUCCAACAAUGGAAAUGACUUGUCAAACAGAUCUCUCUGUUCUACCUCCUUCCAUCUCUGCUACAAAUUUCACACACCUUGUUGCUGUGAGGGAAGGUUUAUCUUCUCUUUUCUCAGAUAAGAAAGAGCAAGAAGAGAUUAAGUUGUUGAAGUCCACAAACAAAGCCAGUUCCCAGGUUGCUUUAAUACAUUAAUAAAUAACAAUGAAAAUAUGUUAGUCUCAGAAGAGAAGCAAGUGUCUAGACUGACUACCUUUCCAAUAUAAACAGUUUACUAAUAGAAAAUAAAUCAAUAAUUGAAAUGCUGAUGAUAGGAGCCAGAUGUGUCAUUCCCAGGGGACUAGACAGGAUAGUAUGUUUUUAAAAGUGGUGCACACAGCAGAGGAUGCACAUACCAAAACAAUAAUAAUAAAUUCAUGUUUCUUCUCUCGCAUAUAUGAAGGCAGUAGAAAACCAGCAGUCGUAAAUGAUUUGUAAAUGUGGCCUGGCACUUUGCGAUUUAAUAACGCACUAGUAAAGCGGAAUCUCUUCUUUCAAA